CGGGUUUGCCGUCUUUGUGCACACGGCACCGGACUGGUGCAGAGCGCACAAACCCAACGUGUUAAUGUUUACCUCUGGAGUGUGUGUCCACAUUCAAACACCGACACGCAUGGCCGCUCGUACAGACGGAGAUGGAUCUGAUUAAUUUUAUGGUUUUAUUUCACCAGCGGACGGAGGCCGAGACCGGGCGGCAGCACGAGGCCCGAGGCCGGGCCGCGGCCACCUGACGAUGAUGACUGAGGAGGCGGGUGCAGCCGUGCUGGCUGUGAUGCUUCUCUUUGCUGUGAGCGACGUCCGAGCCGGUUCCGACUGCAGCCCAUCCACCGCGCAGGCGAACGGCGGGACGGGUUUCCUGUCGGCGGUGGUGGACCCGCAAAGAGCCGAGCAGAGCCGGAGGCAGCACCUGGAGGCUCUGUUUUACAGAUACGGAGAAAAUGGCAGCAUCUCUCUGGCCGGGUUAAAGCGUCUUCUGCAGAGCGUCGGGCUGGACCGCAUCAGAACCGUUAUGGUUCAGCAUCACGAACAGCCCGGCCAUCACCACCAUGAACAUGAAGGUCAUCAUCACCAUCACCACAACCACGAGCCUCACGACCAUGGCAAAAACCUGCAUCACCAGAGGCAUCUCCAUGGCAACCAGUCUCAUCCCGGCAAGUUUCCCCAGAAUCAGGACGGUGCGCAGAGGAAAAGAAGAGCGGUGGCGGUGACUGCUCAGGUUACCGGAUCCACGGCGGCACACAGCGCCCAGCUGGUUGGGAAGCUACAAGAUGGAAGCUCGGGUCACCCGAGUCCUGCAGGAGAGGAAGCCAUGACGGUGACCCCAGCCAGAGCUGUCACGGAGAGUCAAACACAGGCAGCUGCAGUCAGUAGGGGGGAUGACCGCAACCACGACCACGACCACGACCACGACCAUGACCAUGACCACGACCACGACCAUGACCACGACCACGACCAUGACCACGACCACGACCACGACCACGACCAUAUGAACCAGGAUCGUCUCCACAACCCAAGUCUGGACUCUGCAGAGUGCCUGAACGCCUCCAUCAUCCUCUCCUCACACGGGAUGUCCCAGGAAAUUGGCGUGACCCUCCAGGACUUCAGCUACCUCUGCCCCGCCCUCCUCAACCAGAUAGACCUGGGAGCCUGCAUCUUGCACGAAGAAUCUUCGCAACAUCCGGAGAGAGAGCAUAAACAUCACAAACAUGCUCAUGGUCACCAUGGAGACCACAACCACUCAGCCCACAACCACAGCGAGCACGGCAGUGGGGGGAUUGGCAGGAACAUCGCGACAGCGUGGAUCGGCGGCUUCCUCUCCAUCACCAUCAUCAGCAUGCUGUCUCUGCUCGGCGUCGUCCUCAUCCCCCUCAUGAACAGAGUCUUCUUCAAGUUCCUCCUCAGCUUCCUGGUGGCGCUGGCUGUCGGCACGCUGAGCGGCGACGCCUUCCUGCACCUCAUCCCUCACUCUCAGGGAAGCCACCAUCACCACCACGAGGAGCCGGGCAUGCACCUGGAGGAGCAUCACCUCCACGACGAGCGAGAGGAAAACAUGGACGCCGUGUGGAAGGGUCUGACCGCUCUGAGCGGCGUCUACUUCAUGUUCCUCAUCGAACACUUCCUGACGCUGGGAAAGAUGUACAAAGACAAGAAGCAGAAGAUCCAGAAGAAGUGGGAUCAGAAGGACAAAGCAGACCUGGAGAAGCAGCCGGCUCUGGAGGAGAACGACCUGAAGCCGAGUGAAGACAUCGAGACGAACGGCGGCGGGGCGCUUGGCGAGCUCUCCUGCAGCCUGCAGGGCAGCAGCGUGGCGGAGGAGGAGCAGGUGAUGCUGGCGCCGCAGGUGUCCGUCGUCUCGCCGCAUGGUUACGGCCCGUCUGCAAGCGCUGCUGCCUACACCGCAGAGGACUGCGAGAACAAGUGCCACUCCCACUUCCACGACACGGUGGGCCAGGCCGACAGCAUGCACCACCACCACCACGACUACCACCACAUCCUGCACCACCACCACUCCCAGAACCACCACCCCCACAGCCACUCCCACUCCUACUCGGAGCAGCACUUCCAGCAGGCCGGCGUGGCCACGCUGGCGUGGAUGGUCAUCAUGGGGGACGGGCUGCACAACUUCAGCGACGGCCUCGCCAUCGGAGCUGCCUUCACUGAGGGUCUGUCCAGUGGUCUCAGCACCUCGGUGGCGGUUUUCUGCCAUGAGCUGCCUCAUGAGUUAGGGGACUUUGCGGUGCUCCUGAAGGCUGGUAUGACGGUGCGCCAGGCCAUCCUGUACAACGUGCUGUCGGCCAUGAUGGCAUAUUUAGGCAUGGUGACCGGGAUCCUGAUCGGGCACUACGCUGAAAACAUCUCCAUGUGGAUCUUCGCCCUCACAGCCGGGCUGUUCAUGUACGUGGCCCUGGUGGACAUGGUGCCCGAGAUGCUGCACAACGACGCCGGCGACCACGGCUUCAGCCACUGUGGCUUCUUCCUCCUCCAGAACGCCGGCAUCCUGCUGGGCUUCUCCAUUAUGCUGCUAAUCGCUCUCUUUGAGCAUAAAAUCCGUUUGGACCUGGACUAAUGGAGGGGAGGCGUCCGGUCCGAGCCCCAUGCAUUCCAGCGUCUUCGUCUCAUGUCUUUUUGUUGUCAGACACUCCAGCCUCCUGCUUUAGUUCACGUUUCACAUGGUUCUUACUGAAGGCGACGCCGGCGAGCUGGUGGAAGCAGAAGUCAACGUGUUCAGUGUUUACGGAGCUCAGCUGGAGAUACGGCUCAGAGAAACUUCUUUUUUUACUUUGGUUUAACCUUCAUCAGACUGGUGAAGAGUCCUGAAGCAGCUGGAUUUAUCCUGGUUUUAUUUUUCUGUCUGUGUUCAAAGCCGAUCAGUGUUACAGUCGAUCCUCACCGAGCCGAGUUACACGUUCACACCAGCUGAUGUGAGCAAACAUAAACUUCCCUGAUGUUACAUCAUUUAAUGUCAUCACAUUCUGGAGCCAAAGACGACGAUCACUAAUUAAUCUGUUCGUGUUUGGGUUGAAAAAUGUGAGUUUCCUCGUUAUCUACCAGAGCUCCAACACUGUGAAACCAGAAGGAAUAAAAUCUGGAUUUAUUCAUGUUUUAUAAGCUAAAAGCUGGAAGUCAGAGCAGAUUUUUCCCUCUUUGUGUUUAUUGUGACUCAGUUUUCCUUCUGUUUGUCUGUGAUGAAGAAAACCUCUCUGAGGUGUUGAUAACCUGAAACAAGGCUCGGGUGUGUUCUGGUCCACUGAGGCGAUGCAGGAAGAGGUUAAAGGAGUCAUGUGACCCUCGUCAGCAGGUUGAAUCUAAGAGCUGGACCUGGAGCUGCUCGUGGUUGUGAACAAGUCUGGUGAGGAGCAGAAAUACCAGCAGCUGUAUGUAAGCGAUGAAGAAGAUCAUCAUGUUGAGUUCAGCUCCAAUCCAAACAUGUUUUAAAUGUUAAAUAAAGUUUUUGUUUAAAGUGACUGAUAUAUCUCUAAGCCAGAGCAGAAAAGUUUCAUCAUAUUUCUGUCAAAAAUGAGUUUCUAACAUCAUCAUGUUGGUAAAAAUGUAAUAUGGUGCAUCUUGGAGCUUUUAUUCACGUGAAGGUUUCAGCGUGAGGGUUUGCUGAGUCAGCAGAAAGUCCGUCCAGCAGGAGCUGAGUCUGUUGAAGGUUGAAGCUCUGAGUGAUCUCGCAGCAGAAGUUUGAUUUACAUUCAGCUUGUUAUUGUCUGCCGACGUUUCUGAUUCCUGCAGAGCCAAAAACUGGAAGUAAAUUCUUCCCACUGACAGGAGGAACUCAGCAGUGGGAUCAGUGGGACUUUCUGGGUGGUUUUUAUUGGAGUAAACGCAGCAGCUGAAGAGAAAACUAACAUGUAGAAAGUCUGUUGGUCUUGUUCUGGUCUUCCUCUUGUUCAGGUUGAACAUGGACUCACAGCAGCAGAAAAACUGAUGUUUAAGCACAAAGUUUCCUCACAGCUUGUUGAUGAAGCAGUGAUUCUGUUCCAUGUAUUAUAUUCCAGUAUGUGUAAAUACUCUGAUGUAAAUGCUGAACACGGAUUUGUUUCAUUUGCUUCACCGACAGUGAUGCUUGUUGUGAGAAAACAGAAAAAUGUGAGAAAUCAUUGAUGAGAGGCGGAAAGUGGUUUUAAUUAGUGAUUCUUUUAUUUAAUGAAGGACAAAUUUAUGGGUGAAUAAAAUCAUAAAAACACUUUAA